AUGGCGCAGCAGAUACAACGUUCAAUCUCAAACCGUCCCAUCUCUCUCCUAAACCGCAACGGUCUCCUCCUCCUCCUCCUUCUAGCCCUCUUCGUUCUCAUCGGUGUAUACUUACCUUUGUCAGAAUCUCCUUUAUUCCUGUUUCCAAACAGAACCUCCUCUUCUUCUUCUUCUACUUCUUCUCCUUCUCCUUCUUUCACGAUCUCUGACUGGCGCGACUAUUCCCUUGCUCAAGCGGCUAAGUUUGUGGCUAAGAACGACACGGUGAUCGUUUGUGCAGUUAGUUAUCCUUUCUUGCCUUUUCUCAACAACUGGUUGAUUAGCAUUUCUAGACAGAAGCAUCAUGAAAAAGUUCUCGUGAUCGCUGAAGAUUACGCUACUCUGUACAAAGUCAACGAGAAGUGGCCUGGCCAUGCCGUUCUCAUUCCUCCAGCAUUGGAUCCUCAAACCGCACACAAAUUUGGUUCCCAGGGUUUCUACAAUCUUACAUCUCGAAGGCCACAACAUCUGCUAAACAUUUUGGAGCUAGGUUAUCAUGUUAUGUACAAUGAUGUUGAUAUGGUUUGGCUACAAGAUCCGUUUCAGUAUUUACAGGGAAGCCACGACGUAUAUUUCAUGGAUGACAUGGUUGCGAUUAAGCCUUUAAAUCACUCCCAUGAUUUACCACCUCUGAGUCGAAGCGGAGUAACUUAUGUAUGUAGCUGUUUCAUUUUUUUGCGUUCCACUAAUGGUGCAAAGCUUCUAAUGAAGAAAUGGGUUGAAGAAAUUCGAGCUCAAACAUGGUCUAACAUCGAAGCAAAGAAACCACAUGAUCAGCCUGCUUUUAAUCGGGCACUUCACAAAACAACUCAUCAGGUAGAUGUCUUCUUGCUUCCACAAUCAGCUUUCCCAUCAGGAGGAUUGUACUUCAAAAACGAGACAUGUAAAGAGACAAUGGGGAAACAUGUCGUAGUUCACAAUAACUACAUUGUCGGCUACGACAAUAAGAUGAAACGCUUUCAAGACUUUGGUCUAUGGCUAGUCGCUGAUAAUUCUCAUGAGUCACCACUGGGAAAAUUAGAGUAA